GCAAGGGACAAGCUCGAGGUGUACAUCUGCGAGAAAUCCGAGAAAUCCAAGUCUGAGGCGCGCCUGAAGUGCGAGGGUAGGUGCAAGAGGGCGUUGCCGAAGAGGGAAUUUGACCAGACGGAGACCAGCGACCUGAAGAAGAAGCGCAAUAUUUUUGAGGCUGGCGUGAAGAGGGACACGCAGAAAUGCGCCCCCUGCGAGAAAGUACCCCCGCACGACGAACCGCGACGUGAGAAGAAGUGCCAGAAAAAAAAAGAUAUGCAGGAAUUGCAGGGUGAUUUGAAUAUCGACGCAUUCGACUUCAAGGCAGACGGCAAGCACCGAUUCGACAC